AUGCCGCCGUGGUCAUUGAUCUCACCUGCCUCGCGGGGCAUAGGCUUCGCGCUCGCAAGACGGGUGCUGCAAACCACAAACGCGCCCGUUGUCGCAACGGCGCGGAAGGACCUUGACAAGACCAAGGAAGAGUUGCUCGAUGGCUUGGACGUGGACGAGUCGCGAUUAUCGGUGAUGAAGUUGGAUGUUCUGGACGAGACGAGUAUCGCGGAUGCCGCAGCGACCUGCAAGAAGCAGUUCGGCGGUAGUCCCAGUCAGCUUCAGCUCGCGCUGAUGGUUCCUGGAAUUCUGUUUCCGGAGAAGUCACCAGCCCAGAUCAACGCCGACGAUGCUUUGCUGACUUUCCGCACCAACACGUUAGGCCCAAUGCUGAUGCUCAAGCACUUCUCUCCCUUCCUUCCAAGGAAAAGCGCAGUCGUCGAUAAGGACCAAGAGAACAUGACAGGUUUACCAGAUGUAGCUACGAUAGCUAUCAUGUCAGCUCGAGUCGGCAGUAUCAGCGACAACCGCCUCGGGGGAUGGUACAGCUAUCGCGCUUCAAAAGCUGGCGUCAAUCAGGUAGUCAAGACCUUCGAUAACCAUCUGAGGACUGCUUCCGGCGACAACGCGAUGGCGGUUGCCUUGCAUCCUGGAACUGUCAAAACUGGGUUGAGCAAGGACUUCUGGAGCAACGUCAAGAAGGAAAAGCUAUUCGAGCGCGACUGGGUCGCAGAAAGGCUGAUUGAUGUGAUCAGGGAAGUGGCGCCUGAAGGACGAGGGAAGUGUUGGGACUGGGAUGGGAAAGAAGUUCCGCCUUGA